GCUAUUGAAGAACGGCCAUUCUGUGUUAUGUCGGUGUUUGGGUCGGUGUUAUGUCGGUGUUUGGAUCAGUGUUAUGUCUGUGUUUGGGUCGGUGUUAUGUCGGUGUUGGGUCAGUGUUAUGUCGUUAUGUCGGUGUUCGGUCAGUGUUAUGUCGGUGUUUGGGUCAGUGUUAUGUCGGUGUUUGGGUCGGUGUUAUGUCGUUAUGUCGGUGCUUGGGUCAGUGUUAUGUCGGUAUUAGGUCGGUGUUAUGUCGUUAUGUCGGUGUUGGGUCAGUGUUAUGUCGUUAUGUCGGUGUUUGGUGUUUGGGUCAGUGUUAUGUUGGUGUUUGGGUCAGUGUUAUGUUGGUGUUUGGGUCAGUGUUAUGUCGUUAUGUCGGUGUUUGGUGUUUGGGUAGUGUUAUGUGGGUGUUUGGGUCAGUGUUAUGUUGGUGUUUGGGUCGGUGUUAUGUCGGUGUUUGGGUCAGUGUUAUGUCAGUGUUGGGUUGGUGUUAUGUCGGUGUUAUGUCGGUAUGAGGUCGGUGUUAUGUCGGUGCUGGGUCUGUGUUAUGUCGGUGUUGGGUCAGUGGUAUGUCAGUGUUUGGGUAGUGUUAUGUGGGUGUUUGGGUCAGUGUUAUGUUGGUGUUUGGGUCGGUGUUAUGUCGGUGUUUGGGUCAGUGUUAUGUCGGUGUUUGGGUCGGUGUUAUGUUGGUGUUUGGGUCGGUGUUAUGUUGGUGUUGGGUCAGUGUUAUGUUGGUGUUUGGGUCGGUGUUAUGUUGGUGUUUGGGUCGGUGUUAUGUCGGUGUUUGGGUCAGUGUUAUGUCGUUAUGUCGGUGUUGGGUCAGUGUUAUGUCGGUGUUUGGGUCAGUGUUAUGUCGGUGUUUGGGUCGGUGUUAUGUCGGUGUUUGGGUCAGUGUUAUGUUGGUGUUUGGGUCGGUGUUAUGUUGGUGUUUGGGUCGGUGUUAUGUCGGUGUUUGGGUCAGUGUUAUGUCGGUGUUGGGUCUGUGUUAUGUCGGUGUUGGGUCGGUGUUAUGUCGUUAUGUCGGUGCUGGGUCGGUGUUAUGUCGUUGUUGGUUCGGUGUUAUGUCGUUGUUGGGUCGGUGUUAUGUCGUUGUUGGGUCUGUGUUAUACACUGAUCACAGAGCUUCAUAUUUAUAGCACCGCAGGGAGGCGGGGCAUCCAGGUGAACCUGCAGGUGAGCUGCUCAGCCUCCAGGUGA